GAGCGAGCCGAGGUCUGAAACCCGAGAUCCCUCGCAGCCUGGAGCUGGUGAGGUCCCAGUAAAAGCUGAUUGCCUGCUUUCCCUUCCCGAGCAGUCAGAGCGCUGCGCUGGCCCGGGCAGCAUGGAGCGAGCCCCCUGGACACAUGUGGGACUCAUUCUCCUCCAGCUCCUGCUCGUCUGCUGCUUGCCAAGAGAGUACACAGUGAUCAACGAGGACUGCCCAGGGGCCGAGUGGAACAUCAUGUGCCGGGAGUGCUGCGAGUACGACCAGAUCGAGUGCGUGUGCCCGGGGCGCCAGGAGAAGGUGGGCUACACCAUUCCCUGCUGCAGGAAUGAGGACAACGAGUGUGACUCCUGCUUGAUCCACCCAGGCUGCACCAUCUUUGAGAACUGCAAGUCCUGCCGCAACGGCUCCUGGGGAGGGACCCUGGAUGACUUCUACAUCAAGGGCAUCUACUGCGCCGAGUGCAGAGCUGGCUGGUAUGGAGGGGACUGCAUGAGGUGUGGGCAGGUUCUGAGGGCUUCCAGAGGCCACAUCCUGCUGGAGGGCUACCCCCUGAACGCCCGCUGUGAAUGGACCAUUCACGUGCAAGCUGGCUUCAGCAUUGAAUUGAGGUUCUCCAUGCUGAGCCUGGAGUUUGACUACAUGUGCCAGUAUGACUACGUGGAGGUGCGCGACGGCGACAACCUGGACAGCAGAGUCAUCAAGAAGUUCUGCGGCAACGAGAGGCCGCCGCCCAUCCGCAGCACCGGCUCUGCCCUCCACCUCCUCUUCCAGUCGGAUGGGUCCAAGAACUUUGAUGGAUUCCACGCUGUCUUUGAGGAACUCACAGCCUGCUCCUCCUCUCCAUGUCUGCACGAUGGGACAUGCAUCCUGGAGAAAAGUGGUGCCUACAGAUGUGCCUGCCUGGCUGGCUACACCGGGAGCCGCUGCGAGAGCUUGGUGAUGUGUAGGACUCCAGGUGCUCCUGCUCAUGGUACUGUGGAAGGAGAUGACUUUAAAUACGGGGCCCAGGUUUACUUCAAGUGCAACGCAGGGUACAGCUUGCAAGGCAGCCGGGUGGCCUCCUGCCAGCUCGAUGGGAUUUGGUCAGCACCUCAGCCUCACUGUGUUCUAGAUGAGAAAACCUGCUCAGAUCCUGGUGGGCCACUCAAUGGCUACAGAAGAGUGGUGGACGACACGGGGCUCAUAAACGGGCACUACGCCAAAGCCGGCACGGUCCUGGCUUUCUUCUGCAACAACUCCUAUGUGCUCAGUGGGAACGAGCAGAGGACCUGCCAGGAGAGUGGAGAGUGGUCAGGGAAGCAGCCCAUCUGCAUCAAAGCCUGCAGAGAGCCAAAGAUCUCUGACCUGGUGAGACAGAAAGUGCUUCCAAUGCAGGUUCAGUCCAGGGAAACACCUCUGCAUCAGCUUUACUCAUCUGCCUUCAGUAAACAGAAGCUCCAGCUGUACCCAACCAAGAGGCCAGCGCUGCCCUUCGGGGAGCUGCCGGCAGGGUACCAGCACCUGCACACCCAGCUGCAGUACGAGUGCAUCUCCCCUUUCUACCGCCGCCUGGGCAGCAGCAGGAGGACCUGUCUGAAGACAGGGAAAUGGAGUGGGAGAGCCCCUGUGUGCAUUCCAAUCUGUGGAAAAGCAGAGGACGUCACCCUGCAGAAGACUGCCACCCCCACCAGGUGGCCCUGGCAAGCGGCGAUCUACCGGGCGGCCAGCGGGGUGAAGGAGCACAGCCCGCGGAAAGGAGCCUGGAUCCUCAUCUGCAGCGGGGCCCUGGUCAACGAGCGCACCGUGGUGGUGGCGGCUCACUGCGUCACCGACCUGGGCAAGGCCAUCGUGCUCAGGGCAGCAGAGCUCAAGGUGGUGCUGGGCAAAUUCUACAGGGACGACGACAGGGACGAGAAGAGCAUCCAGAACCUGCGGAUCUCUGCCAUCAUAGUGCAUCCCAACUAUGACCCCAUCCUGCUGGACUCUGACAUAGCCAUCAUAAAGCUCUUGGACAAAGCCCGAAUCAGCAGUCGUGUUCAGCCCAUCUGCUUGUCAUCUCCUCACGACUUGGUUUCCCCCCCCGAGGACUUACGGAUCAUGGUGACCGGCUGGAAGGUGCUGGCCGAGGCCCGGGACGCGGGCUACAAGAACGACACCAUCCGCAUGGGGGCCGUUCGGAUGGUGGAUUCCCUGCUGUGUGAGCAGCAGUACGAGGAGAAGGGGAUACAAGUCAGCAUCACUGACAGCAUGUUCUGCGCCAGACAGGACCACACAGCCUUCUCCAACAUCUGCCCCGCUGAGACCGGGGGGAUCGCGGCCGUGACUUUGCCGGGAAAAGCCUCUCCCGAGCUCAGGUGGCACCUGAUGGGAUUAGUGAGCUGGGGUUACGACAAAACUUGCAGCCUGGAACUCUACAGUGGCUACACCAAAGCUCUUCCCUUCAAAGACUGGAUUGAGAAGAACCUAAAAUAAAAAGCUGUGCCUG